CUUAGUUUGGCUCCCCACACAUGUUAGGAAUCACAAGAUAUAAAUUAUCGUCUAAUAAUCUUCCUUCAAUGGUAGUCUUAUGCACAUACGUUUUGUAAAAAAGCUGCUCAGUGUUUCUUUGAUUUUCGCCUGUUUGUAUAUAGUAAAUUGCUCAAAUUUAACGAGAAAUAUUUCCAGAAGUUUAACGCCAGAAUCUUGUCGUUUCGGGCAAGGAAACUCUAUGCCUAAUCGUAGUUUGAUAAAACUAAGAAGAUUCUCAUUUAUAAAUAAAAAUCAAUCAUUUCCAAACUGUUUGUUUACACAGUCUAAAUUAAACUUUAAUUAUUUAGCCAGGGAUUCCAGAACACUUGUUCCAGUAAAAGACUUUAUCUCCCCCUUUGGAACGCAAUCUACAGUAUUUACCGGGAAAGGCGUAAUUAAGGAAAAAGGAAUAUUUGGUGAUAGAGCUGAUUUUUCGACAAUGACUGCGACUGAAACUCAGACCAUGACUGAGUCUGAGACGUCGAGUGUGACGUUGAAGCCAGUUAAGAAGUUUGUGGAGAUUUUUAGGAAGGACUACAAGCCUCCGGAGUUUGACGUCGAGAAUGUGUACCUAGAGUUUGACCUAGAGGACACUGAAACCAAAGUGAGGUCGAAGCUAUUGAUGAGGCGCAGACCAAACACUUUACCGGGGAAUUUGACGUUGAAUGGGGACGACCUUACCUGCAAUUUCGUUGCAGUUGACGGAGUUGAGCUUAAAAAUGUCCCAGUUAGCGGAUAUACGCUUGACGUUGACGGGAACAUGACUGUUCCAAGUGCGUUUUUGCCAAAAGAUGACUCUCGCACUUUUACAGUUGAGACCCACGUCACAAUUAACCCGAAGAACAAUACCAAGUUGGUAGGACUUUACAAGAGUAGCGCGGCGUUCUGCACUCAGUGUGAGCCUCACGGUUUCAGACGCAUAACUUAUUACCUUGAUAGGCCAGAUGUCCUUAGCAGCUUUAGAGUAAGGGUUCAAGCUGAUAAGAAGCUUUACCCCGUUCUCCUUAGUAACGGGAAUAGAGUUGAUUCAGGUGACUUGGGUACGAGGCACUUUGCAGAGUUUGUGGAUCCAUUCCCCAAACCCUGUUACCUAUUCGCCCUUGUGGCUGGGAAUUUGGCAUCAAUUUCAACCACUUUCAAGACAAUGAGUGGAAGAAACGUGUUGGUUCAGUUGUCGUCAGAACCCGAGGAUGUUGGAAAGCUCCAGUGGGCACUUGAGAGUGUAGUGAAGGCGAUGAAGUGGGACGAGGAGAAAUACGGCCGUGAGUAUGAUUUGGACGAGUUUCACGUAUUCGCAGUUCGUGACUUUAACUUUGGAGCUAUGGAAAACAAAGGCCUUAACAUAUUCAACACUGCUCUUCUUCUGGCCGACGUUAAUACCACAACUGACGCUGAGUUCGUGAGAAUUCUGAGUGUUGUGGGCCACGAGUACUUCCACAACUGGACCGGAAACAGGGUCACGUGUCGUGAUUGGUUCCAGCUCACCCUCAAGGAAGGGCUUACGGUAUUCAGAGAACAUCAAUUCUGUGGGGACAUGUCAAGCACACUAAGUAACAGGAUCAGGGAAGUACAGUACCUAAUGUCCGUCCAGUUCCCCGAAGACUCUGGACCCAUGUCUCAUCCUAUUAGACCUGAAAGUUAUAUCUCGAUGGAUAACUUUUAUACCCCAACUGUCUAUGAUAAAGGAGCAUUCGUUAUAGGAAUGUACGAGUCAUUGUUGGGAGUUGAUGGGUUUAGAAGAGGAAUGGACUUGUACUUUAAGAGGCAUGAUUUGAGUGCAGUGACGUGUGACGACUUCAGACUAGCAAUGGCUGACGCGAAUAACAAGGAUUUGACGCAGUUCGAGCGUUGGUACUACCAGAGUGGAACACCCGUGGUUGAAGUAGUUAGGGCUGAGAGAGUUGAUAAUAAGUAUAAGCUAGUGCUAAGACAGUCUACUCCCCCAACACCAAAACAGCCAGUUAAACAACCAUUUCAUAUUCCAUUGAGGCUUGGACUUAUAGGAAAAUCAACAGGUGGAGAUUUGCUAGGAAAUGUUUUGGUGGAGUUGAAAGAGGAGCAGCAGGAGUUUGAGUUUGGGCCAGUCACUGAAGAUUGUGUAUUAUCACUAAACAGAGGCUUUUCAGCGCCCGUGAAGGUUAAAUAUGAGCAGUCGCCUGAGGAAUUAUUGUUCCUAAUGUUAUAUGAUACCGAUGGUUUGAACAGAUGGAAUGCAGCGCAGAGUUUGGCCACUAAGGUCGUUUUGGAUUUGACUAAGGACCCGACGGCUGAGGUUCCUAAGACGUAUCUUGAGGCCUACAAGAAGCUUUUGAAUUCGGAUAUGGACCACAACGAGAAGGGACUUUGCAUGAGCAUGCCCGACGUGGAUAUUUUGGCCUCGAAAAUGAAGCCUUAUGACCCAGGACUUCUAUUCGCCAGUCUAAGGAAGCUGAAACAGGAGCUUGGAAGAACAUUUAGACCAACUUUCACUGAGAUGUACAAAAGUUUAACACUGCGUGAGGGUCAGAAGGAUGAACUUACGAAGGAAGAUAUGGCCAGACGCUUUUUGAGGAAUACAGUUUUCAGCUUCCUGGUAAGCAUGAGGGAUAUGGAGUCUGUGGAAUUAGCAUUGAAGCAUUACAGAGAUGCUAAGGUUAUGAAUGACAAGUACACCGCCUUUGUACAGCUUAUGCACAUGGAGUUCCAAGACCGACAGAAAGUUGUAGAUGACUUUUACAACUUUGCAAACGGAGACGCAGCACUGGUGGACAAGUGGUUCAAGGCCCAGGCAGUGUCAGAACUCGAAUCCUCGCUUGACACUGUUAAGGAUUUGAUGAGUCAUAAGGACUUUGUGCUCAGUAACCCUAACAGGUUCAACUCCCUAGUCACAGUUUUCACCUACGGUGAGAACUUCCACAAGGAUAACGGAGAAGGUUAUAAGUUCUUGACAGACUCGAUUCUAACCGUGGAUCCGGUAAACCCGCAUGUGUCAGCCAGGUGUUGCACUAAACUACUCAAGUUCGCAAUGCUGGAACCCAAACGCUCAGGCCUUAUGAAAGCUCAGCUUGAAAGAAUCUUCAGCACGCCAAACAUCUCACCCGAUUUAUACGAAAUUGCCAAAAAAGGACUUGAAUUCUCAUAAACCCUCAUUAACUUAUUAAUAUACUAAUAUUCUAAUAUUACUAA